UGGGAGAAAUGCUUGAUCUACAGGUCUGCUCUUGUGAGAAGGCAUCAGCUAACCUGGUCUCAGGGUCACACCAGCAUCUCACCUCCUCUCACUAUGAAAACCAUUUCCCCAUCAAGUAGGCAACCAAGCCAUUCUUGCAAACAGCCUGAACCUUUGUGGCUACCCAGCGGUCUCCUGGCUUAUGCUACUCACAGCAUGACGCCAACACCAUGACUAAAAAUUUCCUCCUCGGUCUCCCCAAGUUUCCAUCUUCUAAUGCCCCACGGAUGCCUACCAAGAGAAGACAUAGCUUAGACCUCAGAAGGAAGCAGCAGCUGCAAGUCCCCAAGUCCCAGCUCUACUUGGCCACCACCUGAGCUCACACUCUGCUGCCCAGCAACAUGGAGUUCCCCAUGGCUGCCCUCGCUGUCCUGCUUCUCACUGCAGCCCUCUGUUCCCAGACCUGCUCUACAUUGUUUGGUGCUGACACCCCGCCUACCUUCUGCUUCUCCUAUAUCUCCUGGCGGAUUCCGCGCAAAUUUGUGGAUGACUAUUAUGAGACCAGCAGCCAGUGCUCCAAGCCCGGUGUCGUCUUCCAAAUCAAAAAAGGCCGGCAGGUCUGUGCUGACCCUGCUGAGGCUUGGGUCCAGGAAUACAUGACCGACCUGGAGCUGAAUGCCUGAGUGGCUUGGAAGCUACAAGGAAGUUGUUAUAUCUAUGGGCAGAUUGGGGAGCAGGCACCUGAGCUGGGGCAAUGACCCUGGAACUCUGGAAGACACCUCUUCUAUGGGUCACACUCCA